AUGAGCUCCAUGUUCAAAAAGAAGGGAGGCAUGGCUUUCAAGCCAAAAAUGCCCAUGGCCCGUCCUCGAGCGCCAGGUGCUGCCUCCUCCCAGCCAUCAAGGGCCCCGUCGACGACUGCCACGGAACCAGCGACGCAGUCAGAGGCCCCCAUCCCGGCUGCCGGUCAGUCGGCGCAAAAUGUCGACGAUGCCGCAGGGAUGAAAGAAUCCGGCAGGGUUCAGGUCACUGAUACCCCGCCAUCGACGAAUUCGGACGCGAUACAGACGGCCACGCCGCAAACACAGAAGCCCAUCAGCGAGCCCGCGACUGCGUCAAAACCUACAGCACAGAGCGAAGCGACAACAGAGAAUGCGACAUCAUCGGGCGAGACCUCCACCAGCGAGACUGCUUCGACACAGACGUCGGCCACUGUCGCCGCAGAUGCCCCUCCUCCAGCCGCCGAGACGUCAACGCCCGCCCAACUCCAAACCCCUCCAGCCACCCUCCCCUCUGCCACCGACGUCGUCCCUUCCGUCGAAACGCCUGCCGCCCCUCCUGCUAGCGAACCGUCAAAAGCCCCCGCCAAGCGACCGAGGAAACGAGCCCCCCAAGCAGACGACGACGAGACCGCAGAGGCCAGCGAGAGCGCAGCAGCCACAAAACCGAAGCGACAGAGGAAAAAGAAGGACGACGCAACGGCCGCAGACGGUAGCGAGGCCCCAAAGCGACCGGUCCGCCCGAGGAAAAAGAAGACGGCGGAGGAUGGUGCAGCAGCGGCGGCGGCGGCGGCGGCAACAACCGAUGGAGGGGAAGACAGCGCAGGAGCGGAACCCAAGCCAAAACGUCCCCGACGAGCCCGCUCUAUAACACCAGAGGAUGCCGAGAACCAGGAGGCCGACCUGAGCGUUCUCACGAUGGGCGACCUCACACGAGACCUGCGCAUCGGCAAGAAGUUCAGCCGGCACGACGAGCUCCUCGAGCGACACCGCGAGAAACAGGCAAAGGCCAGGGAACGGCUCAAGAGCAGGCGCAACGGCACCGAAGACCCCUCCGAGAGCGGCACCCCGGGACCGCGCAGCGCCAACGGCACCCCGGCCCCCGCCGCACCUGCCUCAAAACCGCAACUCGCCGCCUCGGCCAGCAUGGGCCAGACAGGGCCCCAAUUCCAAAUCAUCGACGGCCAGAUCGUCGUGGACCAAAACUCCCUCGCCCUCGACCGCCACGCCAUCGCCGACGCCAACGCCGAGGACAUGCUCGAGAUUGAAGAAAACGACUUCACCACCCUCACGACGCAAAACAGCUACCGCACCGGCUCCAAACUGAAAGGCCCCAACGUCUGGACCGAGGACGAGACGGAGCUCUUCUACCGCGGCCUGCGCAUGUUCGGCACCGACUUCCAGAUGAUCAGCGGCAUGUUCCCCGGCAAGAACCGCCGCCACGUCAAGAUGAAGUUCAACCGCGAGGAGCGCCACGCCCCCGCCCGCAUCGACGCCAUCCUCGUCGGCAAGAAGGAGCUCCAGAUCGACCUCGAGGAGUACAAGACCUGGACCAAGGCCGAGUACGAGCCCGUCGAGGACAUCAUGGCCGCGCACCGCCUGCAGCAGGUCGAGUUCGACGCCGAGCAGGCCAAGGCCAAGGCCCAGAAGGAAGCGGACAUGGCACGCAAGAAGGCCGCCCUCGAGGACCCCAGCGACCGCCCCGGCGGCGCGCAGGCGUCGUCAUCCGGCGGCAAGAGCAAGUCGCGGGGCCAGCAGUCCGGCGGCGGGGCCAGCGCGGGGCCGCAAAUCACCGUCGACGCAGACGGCAUGAUCACCAUCGACGAGACCAACAUGGACCCCGACGCGGGGGCGCGCAAGAAGAGGGGCGCGGGGAAGGCGAAGAAGAAGGCUGUGGAGUACAACAUGCGCGGAGAAAUCAUCAGAUAA